AUGUUUUAUCCCAACAGGAGCAUUUUUCACCCAGCCACAUUCUUCCUCGUUGGAAUCCCAGGGCUGGAAGAGGCCCAUGCCUGGAUCUCCCUGCCUUUCUGCUCUGUUUACCUGGUGGCUUUGCUGGGCAAUGCCACCAUUUUGCUAGUCAUCAAGAUGGAGCAGGCCCUGCAGAGAGAGCCCAUCCUACACCAGCCCAUGUUUUACUUCCUGGCCAUGUUGGCUACUAUUGAUUUGGGUCUGUCUACGGCUACCAUUCCCAAGAUGCUCGGAAUCUUCUGGUUUAGUCUCAGGGAGAUACUCUUCAGUGCUUGUCUCACCCAGAUGUUUUUUAUCCACAACUUCACUGGUAUGGAAUCGGCAGUCCUGUUGGCAAUGGCUUAUGAUCGCUAUGUGGCCAUCUGCAACCCACUUCGAUAUAGCACCAUCCUCACCAACAAGGUUGUUUCUGUGAUUGGUGUUGGUGUGUUGGUGAGGGCAUUUGUUACUGUUAUACCGGUUGUGUUUCUUAUUUUGCGACUGCCCUUCUGUGGGAAUCAUGUCAUUCCCCAUACCUACUGUGAACACAUGGGUCUGGCUCGUCUGUCUUGUGCCAGCAUCAAGAUCAAUAUCAUCUAUGGCCUGGGUGCUAUUUCAAUCCUAGUAUUUGAUAUCGUAGCCAUUGCUCUAUCUUAUGUUCAGAUACUCUGUGCCGUUUUCCAUCUUCCUUCCCGGGAAGCCCGACUCAAGUCCCUCAGCACAUGUGGUUCUCAUGUUUGUGUAAUUCUUGCCUUCUAUACACCAGCCCUCUUUUCCUUUAUGACACAUCGCUUUGGCCAUAACGUCCCCCAUUAUGUCCACAUACUCCUGGCCAAUCUUUAUGUCAUAGUGCCACCAAUGCUGAACCCUGUUAUAUAUGGCAUCAGAACCAAGCAGAUUUAUGAUGGUGUGAAGAAAAUUAUAUUGCAAAAAUAA